ACCGCCCACUGCAUCGACGAUUUCCCUCCAUCAACAUGUCCACCCCAAUUUUCGCGCCGGUCCCAUCAGCGGAUCUCCGCCUCAGCCUGGGACCCGAGGAGUGGGAAGUCUGUGUGGAUGCUUGGCUGACCUUGACUGAGUCGAUCUUGCGACUGGCUCCCUCUGACUUCAGCUUGAACGCCAGCGAUCAUGGCACUCUACCUUCGUUUCUGUCCACUUUCUAUAGAGAGCUUUCGAAUCUGCAACCGGCCGACCAGACCUUGAGCUCAGCGAAAGCAGGGUUGUUGAGAAAAGCAGCCUUCAAGAUCGUGUCUCGCGUGUAUCUUGGCGAUGCACCGAUACCACUCUCGCUACUCGACUUCGGCUUCCUCUCCAACUUCUGCCAUGCCAAUCUCAAAGCUCUGGCACUUCAGAAGCUUCUGACGCGAGUAUGGAAGAAGAAGGGCGAUCUACUAGCACCGCGAUUACAGAAGCAGAAGGAUUUGGUCACCGCAGCAUUAGAGUCAAGGAAUCCGGAGGAUGGAAUCCGACUUCUCACCCAGCUUGCACCCGUGAUGCAUGCAUCGAUCGAUAUUGCCUCUCUUUUCAUGACUGGUUCAGACUUUCUGGACUCUUUGGUGUCAGCUUACAGCCAUGCCGCCAACGAUGAGCAAAAGAAAGCUGUAUCUACAGUUCUGUUCCUUGGUCUCACGUCACUACCCACCACAGAGCCUCCAAAAUAUUCACUGCUCUCAGACCACCUUUAUACGCUGAAGAGCCAUGGUGACAAAUCCCCGCCAAACCAGUCACUCUUGGCCGAUGUUAUCACCAACACUUCUAUUCUCCUGAAGUUGCGGCAUUCGCUUGGAGAGAAGGCUCCGGAGAGAGUGUACAAGCUCCUUGAUACGCUAGAGACAUACCGCACGCCGAGUCUGGCGAGGCAGAAACGUCGAGCGCGCAGUAGCCGCAAACCAGCGAAGGGUAAACAGCCCGCGGCAAAGGCUGAGCUCAAUGUACAUCAAAUGAGCCUAGUCACACAAGUGCAAGAUCUCUUUCCGGAUCUCGGCUCGGGCUUUGUGAUGAAAUUGCUCGAUGAAUACGCAGACAACGUUGAACAGGUAACAGCACAUCUACUCGAUGACUCUUUGCCUCCCCAUCUAGCGUCUCUGGAUCGCAGCAAGGAGGCGAACGUGCACGAUGACAGUCAGCAAGCCGCAGUUGACCAAUUGGUACCGCGAUCAACGCCCCCAGCCUCGGAAUCACACCUACCUGAUAGAAGGAACGCAUUCGAUGACGAUGAGCUCGAUCGCUUAGACUUUGAUACUAGUCGCCUUCACAUUGGCAAAAGAAACAAGAGCCUGUCGGCGGAAGAUCAGCCAAAUAAGGCGGCCAUAUUAUCUGCAUUGGCCGCAUUCGAUUCUGACGAUGAUGAGCGCGAUGAUACAUACGAUUUCGAAGACGUGGGCGGUACUGUCGAUACUACAGCUCCAGACGGAGAACCCGGGACCGCCGCAAAGGUAACGCAAGAAGAGAAUGACAUGGCUCUCUUCAGCGCAUACAGGUCGUCUCCCGAGAUGUUUGGUCGAUCAUUCGAUGUACGCCGGGGACAAGCACGAUCGGCAUUAAAGAAAGAAACUGGAAUGUCCGACGAACAAAUUGAGGGCUGGGCAGUCAUGCUUCAACGUGAUCCUAAGCGACUGAAGCGCUUGGAAGCGCAGACCAGCACAUUCACUGGAAGGCAGACAGAGCUUACAAGCACGGCUUACCAUGGCAGUGCGGGAAAUACUGAGACCGAGGACUCAGAUGCUGCACCGGGAGGGCGAGGCGGGUUCCAAGGACGUGGUAGAGGAGGUCGUGGAGGGAGAGGUAGAGGCCGAGGAGGAAGUGUUGCAGGACCAUCGAGUGACCCCAGUACUGCGAAUGCACAGCGGAAGAAGGAGGCAAACAAAUCGAGUCGCGCAAAUCACAACCGCCGUGAUCAGCGUGCGAGGAAGAUGGCACGAGGUGGCUUUCCUGGUUGAUGACGACGCGCAAAGAAUUUAGAAAAUGACCUCAGCCGCUGCGGUGGAAGGAGAGUGAUCAUAUCGGUGCAUCUGUAUUCACAGCAUUAACGAAAUGGUUUGUCCCCUGCGCCACUCUGCAUCUAUUCACUUGCGCGUGUGCCAGCGCUUUAAGAUCCAGCUCAGAUACCACUCUGCCCAACGCUUGCACGAGCGACAAAGCUGGGCAACAUCACUGCAAUACGGCUCGCCAAUCAAGUUAUCACGUCUACACGAAGCACAGCAACAUCGUUCAGAUGGGCAACACCGUUUCUCAAGAUGGCAAAAGCACGCCAGCUCCAGGCAUGAGUCCGCAUCUCUCAGCAUCGCCGCCAUCCUCGAGUCCGGACGACGUCGAUACUGGACGCGCUCAGCCUGCGCCAAUCUUCAUCGUCAUGACGCACACCUGCGACCCAAACAAGCAACACAUCCUCUUUGUAACAUCUCAGCAAUGUUCGAUCUUCCCGGAGACGCAGUCGACCACAUGGAAGUCCUCGUCAGACAACACCCACCUAAAGAAUGCGAAGACAUCGAAGAGUUCCUCCAAGAGACACUGUGGCAGAUCUUUCAAGAUGGAGAAGGAGAAGCUGUGGGCGUCGGCUACCAGUACCUCGCCGGCGAUGGAAAACGCAGAAGUAUCUGGCUUGCUGGUGAGCUGUGAAGUCGGAAUUGUGCUCGGCAGGAAGGAGCUUGAUCUUUGGCCAAGAACGCCGGAAAGCAUAUCACUCAGCUUAUUUUCCCGAGCCUGAUGCGCUCUGCCUCAGGACAACAUCGGCGUGAAAGUCCUGAGCACGGGAAGCAUAGCAUGGCGGACUGGGAUCUCGGGCUCCGUGAAGCAUUGCCUACACAAUCGAGAAGCUGCAAACAAUUAAUGCGUUC